UGGAACGCUGGUUGCUGCCUUCCCUUGGUGUUUGCUGCUGCCUUUACGGAGGCAGCUAAAUAGGGCAGGAAACCGGACUCGAGCGCGAACACGUCCGUUCUUUGGAAGGCCAUAUACUCAGGACCGACCAGCCGAAUAAGUUCAUCACUGGCAGCGGUGUCAAAACAAGCAAGAACGAGAGAGAGUGCGUUAAAGAGAGAGCGCGCUAAAGCGCCGGCUGGUUCAGCAGGGGUUGGGAGAGGUCGGAAGGAAAUCAAAGCAACGGGAAGGUGCUUGCGGCAGGCGUUCGGGCUCGGCCGCAACAGGCUGUCAGUUGGCGCCGCCGCCCUGUUGGCCAGGUGUACCCAGGCACAGGAGGGCGGGCGCUGUUUUUGGAGACUAGCAGGGGAGGAGGAGGAAGAGAGGAGCGCCGGCAACCCGCUUGGUGUGUCGGCUCGAGGGGGGGGGCAACAGCGGCGGAGCGAGCAGGACAAAGGUCGCGAUGACCGUCGGCAGGAAAGUGGCGGGAUUCGCGGUCGGCUAUGGGGUGACGAUGGUGGUGGCGCUGCUGGCCGUGCAGCUGCAUCGACGACGAAAGGAGCAGCUGAGGAGAAAGCAACUGCAGGCCAGUGCCCACAACAGAGCACCCCGCCUCCCCAAGAUUCUGAGCAACCUCAUGCCGACGUACAGCACGUCCAUCCCCCCCAGCCCCAGCACCCCGGGACGGCUGGGGACGCCACGCCGGCAGGACUGGAAUCGAUCCUUGAGCUCUCAGGUGAGCCUGAUGGGGGUUCUCCAGCAGCACCCUGCCAACAGGCAGACGCAGCGGCUAGGCUACUGGACCAUGAGCCGAAAGUUGGUGCUGGUGAUGGUGGGGCUCCCGGCGAGAGGGAAGAGCUACAUCGUAAAGAUGCUCAUCAGAUAUCUCAACUGGAUUGGGUUUCCAACGAAGGUGUUCAAUAUCGGGGACUAUAGGCGGAGGUUAGGUUAUGGCGGGGUGGCGAAGUCUUUCUUCGAGAAGAGCAACGAAGAAGGGCAGCGAGUGCGCUCCCAGAUGGUUCAGGUGGCGCAGGACGAGAUGUACGAGUGGCUUCAGGAGGAAGACUGCGCAAAGGUGGCGCUCUUCGACGCCACCAACACCACCAAGAAAAGGAGACACCUGCUUGUCCAGCGCUCCAAGGUGGAGAAGAACGCCAUGCUGGUGUUCAUAGAGAGCAUCUGCGACGACCCCGUCAUCCUGUCCCAGGUAUGUAUGUGUUGUACGUGCGGACCGACCGACAGGCAGAUAGAGAGGAAGGACAAGCAGCCAGAAAAUGACAGACAAGCGGCCAGAAAUGACAAGACAGAAACGGACAUGUAGCCAGAGUACACAACAACACAGAAAGAAGGAUAGACUGGUAGACGGAUAGAUAGAGAGGCCGACGGACAGACAGAGAUGCCAGGCAGCUGUGGUGCCCUGCUCUCGCGUUGCGUCGGUCCCUGCACGCCUCUCUGUCUCUCAGUUUCCUUGUCUCUUUGUCUCGCUCUCGUGUCCUUGCUGGUCGCCUCCCAAAAAAUCCAAUUUGCGACGACCCGCGAGAGCAUUUUUCUCAGGACGAAUUUUUCGCUAACAAUUCACGGGACUUGGUCAUGGUCGCACUCGCGAAGUGCAGCUCGCCUCUCUCGGCUGUCUUUCCGUGUGUUUCCUUCGAUAUCAGUGUAACCGAUCUUGUUUUUCGUCCCCCUCGGUCAUAGCUGCAGCAGCCGUUGUCGCUGGUGCACUGGCCGGUGGAGUGGUGACGGCAGUUUGGAGUGUGGACGGAGGCGUUGCU